AUGCAAAAUCAAAGAUGUUCACUGAGGUUCAAUUGUUGUUGCAUUUGCAGAGAAGAAAACCUGAACAAAACAGAAAAUCCCAAUUCUCAACAGGAAUUGACAAGAAUGGAUAAAGAAGCAUUACUUCGACACCGAAUGCUUAAAUUUCGUUCGAUUGGAGUUGGAGGGUUCAGAGAGGGUUCAGAGGUGGAACCUGAGAGGAAACGGAACAUGAAACUGUCUGAGGUGAAUGCACCAAAAGUCGCUGACAUAGAAUCCGACAUUGAGGAUCUCAGGAAAAAGAUACUCGAAGCUAAGGGACCGCCUGGUCCAAUUACCAGCCAAAAAAUCAAGAAACUUCAAGAAGAUCUUGAUCAGGAGAUGACCAAGGCGUUUACUUCAAUGGGCUUGCUUGAUCGGAUAGAAUCUCUUAAUCUGGAGCUGGCUAGGUCCCCUAAUCCAGAUCAAGCCCUGAAUUAUGAACUCAAGGAGAAAGCAAAUAAAAUUGUGCAAGAAUUUAAGAAAAAUCUAGCACGACCUGGAGACUAUCUCUGGUUAAAGCAAAAGCUCCAAACACUCAGCAUGGUUAGCAGGCUUAUUGAAUUGAAAGAGAGAAGCGAGAAAUUGAAAAGCCAGGUCAAUCAAAAAAUUCCAGCAGAAGUAAAAGCCAAAAUGGACCUUCUAAAAAAGGCUCGGGAAAAGUUGUCGACUGAUAAUCAAGUAGACGAGAAUCUGUCUGAGGAACUAGAAAGGGCAAAGAAAGAGCUGGAAGAGGUUCUAAGAUCGGCUAACUUGGAAGUUAUUGGACUGGUGAAGAAAAAGAACAUAACUACUCCUCCUGAAUUGAAAGAAAAGAUUGUGCAUUUGAACAGAGAUAUCACAGAGGAGAUUGAAAAAGCAGUAAACGAGAAGGAAGGCAUUGGUGGGAAAAUUGAAGAGUUGAAAGUCGAGAUGGCGAAAGACUAUACUUCGGAAAAAGUGAAAAAGCUGGAAGCAGAGAUAAAGGAAGGUAUUGCUAUUGCUCUUAAUGUCACCCCACUUAAAGAGAAGGUUGAGAAUUUAAGAGUGGAAAUGUCGUCAUUCGGUAAGGAAGUCAACAAUGGCAGAUUGUAA